AAAUUACCAAUGGGUUUCUGCUUUCUAGCGUUUGCGCUAUAAAAAUAAACGUCCGCUUACUUCAUUCCUCAACAUGAGUACUCAUUAGUCAUUACUCAAAACAAUUGAUAAUGACAAUUACCCCCCAAAAAAUGCAAAACAUUUCAAAGUGUUUUCUGUUGUCAUAUCUACUAAUUAUCGUGACCCACAUCAGUCGGGCCAACUCGUUGGACUCGGGCCUAGAAUCAUUAACCCGAGACCUGCUGGAUGCGGCGAAACAACCCGAGUUAUUCGAGUGGAUGAAACGAGUUAGGAGAACGAUUCACCAAAACCCGGAGUUGGGUUUUGAAGAGCACCACACGAGUCAACUCAUUCGAUCCGAGCUUGACUCGUUGGGAAUUGAGUAUGUAUGGCCCGUAGCUAAGACUGGGGUUAUCGCUUCGAUUGGGUCGGGUCGUAAGCCCGUCUUUGCUCUUCGGGCUGACAUGGAUGCUUUAGCUCUCCAGGAGCUGAUUGAUUGGGAAUAUAAGAGCAAAAAUGAUGGAAAAAUGCAUGCCUGCGGUCAUGAUACUCACGUAGCAAUGCUACUCGGGGCAGCUAAGCUACUCCAGGCCAGGAAAGAUCAGCUUAAGGGUACAGUCAAGUUGGUUUUUCAACCUGGAGAAGAAGGUUAUGCUGGUGCCUACCAUAUGCUUAAAGAAGGGGCUCUAGAUGAUGUCGACGCCAUCAUCAGCCUCCAUGUCCUGCCAUCGUUGCCCACAGGUAGUAUUGGUUCCAAAGCUGGACCUGUUCUUGCUGGUACUGGGCUGUUUACCGCUACAAUUAAAGGAGUAGGUGCUCAUGGAGCACAGCCCCAUCUCAGUCGAGACCCCAUUCUUGCAGCUUCCUCUGCAAUUGUUGCACUCCAGCAGAUCAUUUCCCGUGAAACAGAUCCUCUUCAGUCAGGGGUGGUGACAGUUGGUUACUUAAAAGGAGGCCAAGCAAGAAAUGUAAUCCCUGAGUCAGUAGAAUUUGGAGGAACCUUUAGAAGCUUAACCCCUGAAGGUCUCACCUAUCUAAGAAACCGGAUUAAGGAGAUCGUCGAGAUGCAAUCUUCUGUGCAUCAAUGCCAUGGUAUGGUGGACUUCUUGGAAGACACGCCUAUGCCUUGGCCUGUGAUGAUUAACGAUGAGGCGCUCCAUGAAUAUGGGACACAGGUUGCUAAGGCAUUGAUUGGGAGGUCUAAGUUGGAAGUCUUUCACUUGACAAUGGGAUCAGAGGACUUCAGCUUCUUUUCCGAGAAAAUGCGAGCUGCUAUCUUUGUAAUUGGCAUAAAGAACGAGACCCUGAAAUCAGAUAAGCCAUUGCACUCCCCUUACUUCUUUGUUGAUGAGGAAGCUUUUCCUGUUGGAGCUGCUUUUCAUGCUGCACUCGCGAUUUCCUACCUGGAGAAGCAUGGCGGUUCUAUCGAGUGUGUCUAAAGUUAAGCAUGGUGACGAACUCGGUUACCAACUUAGCAGGUAGUGGUGGUGGCUAGUAGACUGUUGAGCGAUGUCCUUGGUUUGUCUUUAUAGUUUGCUCUCUGCCUCUUAGAGAAUGUCCGUGCAAGUGCUUCAUGUUGUACAGGAUCUGUUAUAUGAAUAACUAACCCAUCUCUGAUGGCUUAUAAGUUGUAGCUUGUAACCUUCAAGUACCAAGUAAGCAGUGAGUAAUUAAUUCAUAA